UAUACUACUUGUUAAGGAUGCGUCUCCAUUUUUUUUUUCUUUCAUUUCCACCUGUAGCAUGGAUUGAAGAUUGUUCCAGUCAAUUCAAACGAAUUCCACAAAAACUGCGAUCGUGUCAAACUCGGAAACUUGGAUUGAACUCCAACUGAAGUUUAGGAGGAAAAGGAGCACCAAUCGAGCAGUUUAAGCAUCGAGACUUGGCUUGAUGUGAGGAAAACCCGCGAGACGCGAGUGCUUCCUCUGACCAUUGUCAUGGGCACCAUCUCCUCGCCGUGCGCGUAAGCUUCUGUGGAGGAAAAACACAUUAUGAGACGCCAUGGCAUGGUGUGAUCGAAGGGUUCAGACUUUGCUGGCCGUCGUGGGGGCCUUCGUCGCUUUCAGUCUCAUGACCAUCGCCAUCGGCACCGACUACUGGCUUUACUCCCGGGCGUACAUCUGCAACGCCACUAAUGCCUCCGCAGACGACUCCCAGAUGCAACCAAAGAAAGUCAAAGGUGACCUGACGCACUCCGGGCUGUGGAGGAUCUGCUGUAUCGAAGGUAUAAACCAAGGAAGCUGUUUUCGGAUCAAUCAUUUUCCAGAGGAUAAUGACUACGAUACAGACAGCUCAGAGUACAUCUUACGUGUAGUGCGUGCAUCAAGUCUAUUCUCCAUUCUCAGCACCGUUCUGCUGAUGUUGGGUGGCCUGUGUGUUGGGGUUGGACGCAUCUACAACAAUAAGAAUAACAUUCUGCUCAGUGCUGGCAUCCUGUUUGUGGCUGCAGGCUUGAGCAACAUCAUCGGAAUCAUUGUCUACAUCUCUAGCAAUGCCGGAGAUCCCAGUGAUAAGAAAGACGAGGACAAGAAGAACCACUACAACUACGGCUGGUCCUUUUACUUUGGUGCUCUCUCCUUCAUCGUGGCUGAAUCAGUGGGUGUUCUCGCAGUUAACAUAUAUAUUGAGAAAAACAAAGAGACACGCUUCCUAGCCCGAAGUGACUUCAUUAAAACCACCUCCUCAUCUUCGCCUUACUCUCGCAUCCCAAGUUACCGUUACAGACAGAGGUGCUCAAGCUCCAGUUCGAGAUCGAGUGACCCAUCCCGCGAGCCCUCCCCAGUGGGGAGGAAGAUCGGUGGAAGAAGUGGCGGAGCAGGGUUAGGGAUGGGCUUGCCAAUGGGGGAUAUAUCCCUAUACACUCUUAGUAGGGACCCUCUGAAGGGCGGAAGUGUGACUGCAGGGCCUUACAGUCCAGAGAGGGACUCUGGGUUUUUACAAGUCCACAACUGCUUCCAGAAAGACAUGAAAGAUGGAGUGAACAGGAGGACCACGCCGGUAUGAGGUCAAAAGUGUAUUACUGUGUAAGACAAUAAGCUUAAUGGAACACAAGAGAUAUUACACAGUUGAUGAGAAAGGACAAUUCUUCCCCAGGGUUGUUCAGACAGCAGCAGAACUGAAAGGUCUGAGCUUAAAAUAGUUUUUCCUUUGUGUCCCCCUGUGACGGAAAAGUGCAAAUCUGUGUUUCAUUUGGAGGAAGAGUAAAGGUGAAAUCAAAACAACGUUUCAUCAUAUGACUCAGUAUCUAUGAGGGAAAUGCAGACGUUGUAUAGCAUUUGAAGAGUUAAAUUUGAAAUUGUGAUACCCACUAUUUGUGAGUGAUUUCUUACAGAUAGGCUGAAAUGUGUAAUCCAUGUUCUGGUAUUCUUUAAAGGAUAAUUGCCUAAUAAAAGAAUUAAGCUUUUAUAGACUUGAUGCACAAUAUAAUUGUGUAAUUAUGUUUUUCUGCUAAAAUAGAUAGUGUAGUGUUUUAGAAAUGUUUCUUUUAAAAAGAGACAAAUUGAUAUUUUUCUCCACAAUUAUAUGCUAAAAUAAAGUGAUUAAUGUGAUUAAGCGUUAUUGUAUUGUAAAUGUUUGUAACUUUACCACAACUGGUGCUAACUUAAUCUGUACACCUUUGAUAGUCUUAAGCCUUCUCAACUGCCAUUCAAAGACUUCUACUGUAUCUUAAUAUCCUCUUUUUAAACUUGUGUGUGAGUCAGGUGAUAAAUAUGGCUCUGAAACACUCACAAACUAUGAUACAUAUGUAUUAUCAACAAAGGCACACAGCAAUGUCAGUACAUUCCAGUGUGAUGUAUUAUUGUAAACAUUCUUUGUACAGACUGUGUAUUUGCUCUCCAUUUGCUCAGGGACGAGAAAUGUAUCUUAUUUGUGUUUAUUAUUUAAGUAUUUCUGUAAACGUCUGUGCUGCCCCAUGUUUUGACAUUAAGAAACAGGACAGAUGCUCAAGGACAGAUGACACUUGUUUUACAACCAACAAGCACAUUGUGUUAUAUGGUCUGAUUUAGUCCAUUACGUAUUUUUCUGUCUAAAGUUGAGUGUUCUGUGUAAAAGAUUGAGCCAGUGUUUGAUUGGAUUACUUAGUUUUAUCUUUCCAAUUGGGUAAUAUUAAAACAAAUUGUUUAUAUUGUGUGACAUGAAGUGCAGAAAGGCCACCUAAGAGUGGCAUAGUCGAUGUGCAUGUGGACCGUGGAAGAGUUUGUGAGUUGUAUCAGCUCUGUGAUUGAUUUUUUUGAAAUGCAAGUUGUCAAAAAAUGAGAGAUAAACCUUGCAACAAUACCAAACUAUAAUAAAUAUAGAAUAUAUGAAUCAAUAAUUACAGUAUAGCAGUGAGCAUAAUGGAUUAACAUGAUGAACAGUGGCAAUUAUAGUAACAUUAAAGAGAGAGAGAAGAGAGAGAGAGAGAGAGGAGGAUCUCAGUGGGUAAUAAGCGUUAUCAAAGAGGAGCCAAUAAUUUUGGAUAUAGAAAGAAUCAAUCAUUGAGGAAGUUAAUGAUGUUCAUUUUCUCCUUAGCGUCUUUCAGCUGGUUGAAGGUCACCACUAAAUAGGUGCCCUGGCUGACCCUCUCCUUCCAUGCUGGGAAGACAAAAUAAACCAAACACUAACCCUCGGUCAGGACUACUUUACUUUUAACUUAUUCAGUCAAAUAUUGUGAUUUUUAUUACAAUACAAUUAAAGAACAGAUGUCCUAAAUAGUGACUGGGGAGACUAAACUUAGUAAUUACUGUUAACUUCACUUUUAGACUUGCUUGUGGUUUAUUGCAAAAUAUGAACUGAGAAUUGCUCCACUGCGUUUGUUUUUCUCUGUAAGGAAAGUAUUUUAGCUAAUGACGCGGGGCUGAUGGGCCUGCAAUCCUCUGCUAUGAAACUGCAUGGCAAAUAGUCGGGCAACCACAGGGUGUUAAGAAAUUGGCAUCAGCCAACGUAAUGCGUGACUGAACUAACAGGCUCCCAAAUGUUCAUUCAGACUUUAGAAAGCUUCUCUCCUUGUCUCCAAACAAGAACUGGAGUAAAGUGAGCAUUGUUUGUGUGUUAAGGGUUAGUAAAAGUUCUAAUUAUUUAUUCUUGGUACAAUACACACUUCAGUGGGUUCCAUGUCAGCUUCAUGGUUUGUUUCCCAGUUAAAUAUAUUUUAGCAGUAGUUGGAAUUGGUUUAAUGUUGGUUAGUGAAUCAGUGUUAUGGCAGUAAUGAUGUGUAUUUUAACAAACAGUGCUAUGAGAGGCCGUGCAGUCUCUGCAAAGACUCAGCUCUCCCAGCUACAGUUGUCAUUCAAGUCACUGAUGUGGGUGGAUGGGGAAACCUUAAAUUAGUAUUGACUUAUUUUUCUUCUGUGUGUGUGUGUGUGUGUGUGUGUGUGUGUGUGUGUGUGUGUGUAAUGUAUCUUUGUCAUGCCAAAAUGGUCUGCUGACUGUGUUCCCCAUUACAGCCCUGAAUAAGAGUGCUUCUUCUCCACCUCUCUCCUCUGUAUAUACCCCCCAGGCUGUUAAGCCCUGUAAAUGUGAAUGCCAUGGACCCACACUGGUAUUUUCAUCCAGAAGAAAACCUUGUCCCCACUCUCUGCUGUCGUGCAUCAGUGAAAAUGAUCCUGCGGUCAUUGUGUCCCCUCUCCAUGCAGGAGUUAACAUCGGUACCACUGUGCAGGAUGGAUAACAUAACGCUUUGGGGUCUCAACUUAGGUUCUGCCUUUGUAACUUGAUUUGCUGGCGUGACAAAUGGUUUGGCAGCAGUUCACACUUCAGCUAUCUUUAUACUAAACCUGACACACCCAAUGCCAUAACAAAGCAUUUACAGCCAGCAUUGGUUUUCUUACAAAGCAAUUUGUAGGCUGUAACUUUAGUAAUGAAAUGCUACUCAAAGAUAUUUUGGAUGGUGUUAUAGAUCAUACAUUUACUUUUGUAACACUUGAAAGGGAUGACAAAGGCUCAUUGUUGAGCAAUAUAAUUACAAAUAUAAUUGGAGGUGUAAAUGUUACUAUUAGAAUUAAAUUUGUGAAAACAUUGCCAUGGGCUGACACUUUAUUCAUCUUUGCAAAGAAACACAAUAUUUUUAUGUUAAACAUUACAUUGUAUAAUGUCUGACAAUAAGGUCAUUAAUUUUCACCAGUGGUGAAAGCACCUAUACUAUGUUGAUGCUUGAAGAGCGAUCUCAUUUAUUGCCAGCCAGUUUUCACUUUCUGACAUGUGUGUGUGUAUGUGUGUGUCAUAAUGGCAAAAUGUGCUCUUUCAGACAUCUACUGAAACGAGACUGCCACAGUGGUGGUUUUGAAUACUUUGCCUGGUGUUUAUAUGCCUGUCUGACAGUCUGUCUUUCUGCAACCACAGUCACAAAAACAUUACAAGUGUGCGUUUAAGAUUAAAAUGAAGGCCAAGUUUAAAUAUGUGUAUGGUCUAACGCCCCAUAAUUGUCUAUAGUUUUUUUUUAAUGAUGAAAUAAUUUCAUCAGCAGUACAUGUUAGUUUAAUAUUUCCUCCUGAGAGAUUUUGUCUCCACAGACACUCUCUCACCUCCCAAGUUUGUUUUGAAAAUUUAAUGUGGCUAACAUUCCUCCCAGCAGGGGGCUUGAUAUUGAUAUAUCAAUGCCAUGCUGUCGAUCCAGUAACCACAGACAUCCAUUAGCAUGACAUGUGUCACUGGGCUAAAACUGGAUUAAGCUAGCACCAGUUGGAGUUUAACCCUUUUCAUCUGCUAUGAAACAUGGAAAAAAACAGACUUUCAUGGUGAUUUGUAUUAUAUAUAUAAAUGCAGCUUAUCUGACAACAAGCAAACAUCACUCACCGUAACCCUGUGAAAAAAAACCUUUAAACACACAUUACAGAAGAAGAGAAUAAAAAGGUUGUUUUAUCCUCAUUACAUUGCAUAACACAUAACCAACAAAAAGAAACUGUGGAUGAUAUUAAGGCAACCAGAUGAAUAACAU